AUGGAAGGGGUUCUAGACAAGAGGAAAGGUGUCAGGGAGGCCUCGGGAGACUCAGAGGAGCGAGGGAGCAAGAGGAAGAAGGAGGAGAAACAGAGAAGAGGAGAGGGACCAAAGUGUCACCACUGUCAACACUGUGACAAAUCCUUCACAAGAUCUGGAACUUUAAAGAUUCAUCAGAGAGUUCACACUGGAGAGAAGCCGUACAGCUGUGAUCUAUGUGGUAAAACCUUUUCUAGGAGGGAUUGCCUAGUAAUCCACCAACGUGUUCACACCAGAGAGAAACCGUACCGGUGUGAACAAUGUGGGGCAGCUUUCACAGUACAGGGUAACCUGAAAUUACAUCAACGCAUUCACACUGGAGAGAGGCCGUACACCUGUGAUCUAUGUGGCAUAACCUUUAUUAGGAGGGAGAGCCUAGUAAUCCACCGACGUGUUCACACCGGAGAGAGACCGUACCGGUGUGAUCAAUGUGGCAAAACCUUUACUAAUAAUAGUGGCUUUAAAUCUCACCAGCGCAUUCACACCAGAGAGAGGUCGUACAGCUGUAAUCUAUGUGGUAAAACCUUUACUGAUAGUAUUGACUUUAAAAGACACCAGCUCGUUCACACUGGAGGGAAGACGCACAGGUGUGAACACUGUGGGAAAAUGUUUUCUAAGAGUAGUGACCUUAAAACACAUCAACGCAGCCACACUGGAGAGAAGCCUUACUCGUGUGAACACUGUGGGAAAAGGUUUUCUGAGACUAGUAGCCUUAAAAAACAUCAACGCAUUCACACUGGAGAGAAGCCUUACUCGUGUGAACAAUGUGGGAAAACGUUUUCUGAGAGUAAUAACCUUAAAAAACAUCAACGCAUCCACACUGGAGAGAAGCCGUACAGCUGUGAUAUAUGUGGUAGAGCAUUUUCUCUAAACGGUAGCCUUAAAUCUCACCAGCGCAUUCACACUCGAGAGAAGCCAAAAUAACAAGUACGGUAGCUUUAAAUAAGCAAAACUACAAAGAGACAUAUGAAAGUGCAGCGUCAAGGAAAAACAAACAAUAACUAUCUAUAUAUCUAUAUAGAUUGAUAUGUGUGUUUAUGUUAAUUUAAUCUAUAUCCUGAAUUAUAAAUUAGGACUGAACGAUUAUGGCCAAGAUGAUAAUCAGGGUUAUUUGUUGAUUUUAACCAACAGUAUAGUCACACAGGCUAUUUAUAACUGCAUUCCUCUAAUGUUGAAGUUGUAAGUUGUACAUGCAUACAGCUGCAAAACAUGGAAAUUAAAAUUAACUGGAAAAAAAGCUUAGGAUAUGUAUACAUGUUUUGUUAAAUCUAUCUCUGUGAAACUUUUUUACUUUUUUUUAACAAUAACAGAUUAAAAUAGCUGGGGGGGGGCUAUGGACGUACUAAAAGAGAGACGACUGACUCAUUAUGAAUGGGUCCAGCAGCUCCGUCUCACGCUGUUACUCUACCAACUGAAGUCAGUUGCAUUCAAUAACAUUUAGAGUGGACACACAGCGUGUAAAUUAUAAUUUCCCCAUAGGGGAUCAAUAAAUAGAUUAAAAUUAAUUAAAUUAACUUCUUUGUUUGUUGCCAUGGCGACUGCGAUAGCAGAGUUACCACGGAAACACUGGUACAAAUUCAGGUUUGUGUCUCAUGCUUAACCCUUGUGUUGACCACAGGUCAAAAUUUCCCCUCUUUGAAAAAAAAAGUCUUUAUCAGAAGUUUCUUUCAAACUAAUUUUUAGAAAAAUUGUCCCACACAACAAGUAAAAUAAAUGAUCAGCCCACUGCUUUUUCUUAUGAAAGACCAUUGGAAAAAAAAAAGUGACAAAAAUGUGUAAAAAAAAAAGCUUCAAAAAGGUAGGGGGGGAUCCAAACACAGGCACUUCUUUACAGAAGAAAUGGGUCAUGUAACGCAAAAUUAAACCAUAUCGAUUUGCUUAGUUUGUGGAGAGGCAGCGGAUGCAAGGACAUUAGGAGCACCGGUGCAACCUGGGAAAAUGUUAGCCGCACCCUAGAGCCCUGUGAGCUAACAGACACCAACUAGCACCCUGGAGCCCUGUGAGCUAACAGACACCAACUAGCACCCUAGAGCCCUGUGAGCUAACAGACACAACUAGCACCCUAGAGCCCUGUGAGCUAACAGACAGGUCACUGCUGUUUGUCUGACAAACAGCACAGACGGACAGAUUAUACAUUCGUUAAUAUGUCACAAAAAUUAGAUUUUAUUUCCAUAAUUUACACUUUCAAAUAACUGUGACGUUCUGCGAAAGUUUGGCCCCCCUGCAGAGUUAAUACCCUUACCCCCCCCCCCU